AGAGUGAGCUACUGCUUUACCAAAUUUGAAGAUGGGAAAUGUUCCGUUCCCAAAUCCAGGAACCAUUCAAAGCAAGAGUGUUGCUGCAAUAUGCGUGGGGAAGGAUGGGGUGAUCCGUGCGAAAUUUGCCCACAAGAAGGACAAGAUGCUUAUCGGCAAAUCUGCCCAUUUGGAUCUGGCGUUCUGAUUGGGCCGUUCGGUGAACCAAUUGAUGCGGAUGAAUGUCAGGACCCGGAUAACUGUAAGAACGGGCAGUGUAUAAACACUGAUGGCUCCUAUCGUUGUGAAUGCCCGUUUGGAUACAUCCUUCAGGGACAGGAGUGCGUAGACACCGAUGAGUGCUCUGUAGGGAACCCGUGCGGAAAUGGAACUUGUAAGAAUAUUAUCGGAGGCUUUGAAUGUACCUGCGAGGACGGGUUUGAGCCAGGACCCAUGAUGACCUGUGAAGAUGUCAACGAGUGUGCUCAGAAUCCUCUCCUUUGCGCUUUCCGAUGUGUGAACACGUUUGGGUCAUACGAAUGCAGGUGUCCUGCUGGCUAUGUCCUCCGAGAAGACCAGAGAAUGUGCAGAGAUCGGAAUGAGUGUGAGGAAGGAACUCAUGACUGCUCUGAAAAGCAAAUGGAGUGUAAAAAUCUGAUAGGCACCUAUAUGUGUAUAUGUGGACCUGGGUACCAACGCACACCGGAUGGUGAAUCUUGCAUCGACGAGAAUGAAUGUCAAACCAAAUUUGGGAUCUGUGAAAAUGGACGCUGCGUCAAUACAGUUGGGAGCUUCCAGUGUGAAUGUCACGAUGGCUUCAAUGAAAACGAGGCUAAAAAUGAAUGCAUAGACAACAGGGAAGGCUACUGCUUCACCGAGGUCUUACAGAGCAUGUGCCAGAUCGGAUCCAGCAACAACAAUGCCGUGACCAAAUCGGAGUGCUGUUGUGAUAGCGGGCGAGGAUGGGGACCCAAUUGUGAACUCUGCCCUUUCCCGGGCAUGGUUGCGUUCAAGAAGCUUUGUCCCCUCGGCCUUGGAUUCACAACCAGUGGAGAAGAUAUUGAUGAGUGCAAAGUCAUACACGAGGUUUGCCAGAAUGGAGAAUGCAUCAAUGAAAGAGGAACUUACCGCUGCCAGUGCAAGGAAGGCUAUAUUACAGAUAUAACAGGCAAACGUUGUAUAGAUUUGAAUGAGUGCAGCCAAUCUCCGAAACCUUGCAAUUUCAUCUGCAAAAACACAGAGGGGAGUUUUCAGUGCUCGUGUCCAAAAGGCUACAUCUUGCUGGAAGACGGGAGAAGUUGCAAAGAUCUCGAUGAAUGUGCAACCAAGCAACACAACUGCCAGUUCCUUUGCGUGAACACCAUUGGGGGCUUCAGUUGUAAAUGUCCUCCUGGAUUUACUCAGCAUCAUUCGUCAUGUAUUGAUAACAACGAAUGCACCUCUGACAUCAACAUUUGUGGAUCCAAGGGGAUUUGCCAAAACACGCCUGGAAGCUUCACUUGCGAAUGUCAGCGUGGCUUUUCGCUCGACCAAUCUGGUUCCAGUUGUGAAGAUGUUGACGAGUGUGAUGGAAAUCAUCGUUGCCAGCAUGGUUGCCAGAAUAUAAUUGGAGGAUACAGGUGUAGUUGCCCACAAGGAUACCUCCAACAUUACCAGUGGAACCAGUGUGUCGAUGAAAACGAGUGCCUCAGUGCCCACAUCUGUGGUGGAGCCUCCUGCCACAACACUUUGGGAAGCUAUAAGUGUAUGUGCCCUACUGGAUAUCAAUUUGAACAGUUCAGCGGAGGGUGCCAAGAUGUCAAUGAAUGCGGCUCCUCGCAAGCCCCGUGCAGCUACGGUUGCUCGAACACCGAAGGCGGCUACGUCUGUGGAUGCCCACCUGGGUACUUCAGAAUAGGUCAAGGACACUGUGUUGCUGGAAUGGGGCUGGGCAGAGGUCAUAGCCAGGACCUAUCCGUUAGUGGCGAAGUGGAUGACAAUUCACUUUCCCCAGAAGCGUGCUACGAUUGCAAAAUCAACGGCUACCCUAAGAGGGGGAGGAAGCGGCGAAGCACAAAUGAAACCGACGCGCUUGAUAUCGAGGAUCAGCCUGAGACAAACGCGACGGUGAACCUCGCCAGCUGGGACAUCGAAAAGCCAGCCGCCUUGGUUUUCAACAUCUCCGACCUUAACAACCGAGACCGCAUCUUGAAGCUGAUCCCAGCUCUCACGGCGCUGACCAACCACAACCGAUAUUUAAUAGACUCCGGGAACGAGGACGGUUUCUUUAGAAUAAACCAGAAAGAAGGGGUCAGCUUCCUUCACUUAACGAAGAAGAAAGCAGUGCCGGGAACCUACUUGCUACAGAUCAGUAGCAUCCCGCUUUACAAAAAGAAGGAACUCAACCAGCUUGAAGAUAAGCACGACAAAGACUACCUCACUGGUGAGCUAGGAGACAACCUAAAAAUGAAAAUUGAAAUUUUGCUUCACUAAUUCACCAGCCAGAGACCAAAUCACCAAAACCAAAGAUAGCUAGGCAAGACUUGAAUGUUGUUGUCCCCCCACCCCCAACCCCAACAAGAAGGUUCUCCAUAUCACAGGUACAAUCUCUCGUGAAUACCUUUGAAACCAAGUGAGCACUAUUCCAUUUCAACAAUUACCAAGGUACAGGAAGAAAACCUAUUGCUCACAGCAACCAAUUUCUCAGGCUUCUUGUAAGUGUAGCUACCUUGAUAUGCGAAAUCUUGAAAACCCGGGACUUAUUGGAAGUGUGGCCGUUGACGACGCCAAGGUGAUAUCCAACCAGCCAUGAUAACAUGAGAUCACGUUCUGUCAAUGGGCUGUUCUGUGUGUCUGUGUGUGUCUGUGUGCGUUUGUGUGUAUGUUUUUUCUUUUUAAAAAAAAAUCUUAAAAUUUGCUUCUCCAGCUACAUUUUUCUAGGCGAAGCCAUUUUAUGAUAACCAUUUUUGGUGCUAGACAACUUCCAACCUAGAUUUUAUAAAUGCACUGUAAUAUAUACACAACUUAGGAAGCCAAAGAAAUUGCAGAUACUCCGUCUGAAAUACAUCAAUCAACCAAAGUUUUAGCUCAGUAGUUUAUCUCAGUUAUAUCUAUAAUACAAUACAUGUAAAUUAAGUGUGUGUAUACUGUAACCAUGCUAUUUUUAUCAAUGAAGCAUUUGUAAACUAGAUUAAUAACACCCUACUUGUGAGGGUUUAUAAUGGUGCUUAUAAGACCAACUACUUAAAACUGUAUACACAAAAUCUGGCGACUGAAAUUUCUGUGACAAUCAAACUGCACUGAAGUCACCGGGGGACCAUUAAACGUUUUUCAGAACUCGCUUGAUGCAGUGCCAUCCACAGAUACGCCGCGUCGUACUGUUAAAAUUUGUUGGACGUACCUUCCAUCACUCAUAUCAUCAAAGGUUCAAUGUCAAAUGUCACAAUAAAACAGUUUGUUUGUUUUUUUAAGUUUA